AAACAAGUAUCAACACAACAAGACGAUUAUCAUAACGUAAAGAUUCACCUUGUUCCCAGUUUUACAGAGGACAGAUGUAAGCAGUGCUUCUUUAAAAUAGAUGAAAUGAAACACACAAUAAACCUGGAGAAGGAAGUGCUACUGUACACAGUAACAAUGAAGAAAUCUAAUUCUCCGUGCGCUAGGUUUUCCAAAAUUGAGCCAUGUUUUGGAGGAUAACCAAGAAAUUACGUCAUCUCUAGGUCAAGAAUACUGUUGCAGUCAUCAUUGUGGACAUCUUUGCUUUGGUUAAAAAAAGAGCUGGAUUGGAAAUGGCUGAAUUUUGAGGCUUUGAGUGACAUAUUCUACAAGCUGAUAAUGACGUAGGAAAUGACCAUGCAGAAGUAUAUCAUUCAAAAAUGAAGUUAACAACAGAAGUAUUGGCGUCAUCUAGCAUCAAGAGGAAGAAGCCAUGGCCUAGGAUUUUGUGGAUUGGUGAGGAAUAUGAAAGUCUUCUUCUUUUGGAUGAACAAAAUAAAAGGAUCAGUGUCCUAUACGUUCCUUCAGGGAAGACCAAGAAAAGAAUCCCCAAGUUAUCUCCCUUGAUAUUGAAUACUGUUAAAGUGCAAUCCACAAAGAAUGGUCACUACUUAAUAGGAUUACAGAACAAUGGAGAGCUGUUUGUUUGGUUUAAAGACAAAGAUAUAUUAAAGACUAUUCCAGGAUUGGAAGGAAUUAUCACCUUGGGAGACUUAAGGAAAGAAAAAUUAAGUCUUCUUGGAUCCAAUGACUGUCGAAACAUCCUACUCACAGUGGGGUCAGACCAGGUCUAUGUCUGGGUCAUGCAAACAGGCCAGUCUUUCCUUCACUCUAAUGCACCAGAGGUCAAAGGUCACUGGAACAGAAUCAAUGUUCCGCAGGACAUACAGAUGCCACCAUCCACAGAGUGUAGAGAAUUAAGUGUGGAGGCUGUGUUCUUCUCUCAUCAGAGCUUAGGCCACUGCUGUCAGUGCUCAUUUGUAUAUAAUAACGACAAUGAUGUGUGUAUCGUCACCUUGUUGCUACGAUUUACCAGGGCAGAUGCCAGUCAUGAUGGAUCUCCAUCAUUUCAUGUUGAAUGGAAUGUCAUCAAGUAUCCCUUCAAACAUAUCAAUGCAAGGUUUCAGCCAGUGUCCUCCAGAGGAGCCAUAGUGACCAAUUACAUCAGAAGUGGGCAGAUUGUGGCAGUAGCUAUGAACCAGAACAGACCAGCUCUAACCAGUCUGCUGUUCGUUUCUCCCCUCACUGACACUGUCCUGGUGUCUAACCUUAAGGGUUGUGGGGUCAGAGACAAAGGGUCACACAGGGGAAGGAGUUACUGGGUAGCAGACAUGGCAUGGACAGCAGAUGAUUUGUUUCUAGUUUGUAUAAUGAAGAGCGGGUCAGUGUGCCUGGUCAGCCGACUGGGAGAACCACUAAUUCUUACCAUCCAGGGACAGGGUUUGAACCUGGGACCAUCGUACUUUCUCCCAUUGCACCCUCUACAGAUCAUAAGUACCGGACAAGAGGGAAAAGUGUUUUCUCCUGAUGGCAGGCCAGUUUCACCAAGUUCCAUUAUUUCUGAAUCAGAUAAAAUGCGCCAGCGAUUCUCUGUCACCACACAUCCAGGAUUGCCGAUUAUUCUUUUUUCCGAUGGAUUCAUGGUCACUGUGAUCCAGAUCAGUGCAGACGUCACUUGCAUGUCACUGAUGAGGGAUCUGAUUCUGUUGUCAUCUAAACACCUGCAGAGGAUAAUGGAGAAAGAAAACUUGGACCAUUCUGUUGUAACUGCUUAUCACCUUCGUGCCUCCUCAGGUGCCAAGCAAGGAAGAAUACCUUUAAAGAAGAGACAUUUUCGGUUUGAAGAACCGGAUACCACAUUGAAUGGUACAUUGGAUAGUGAAGAUACCAGUUUUCUUGAACCGGAGAAUCCAGGAUUUGAUGCCCUCAGUCAUGGCAAGAUUCUUUUCGCAGAAUGUGAUGGUGAUGUGAUAGAUCUAGAUAACACAGCAGGAUUAAAUAGUCUAGAGGCAGUUGCCAGGCACUUUGAAGUGGCAGAAAAUUCUUUGUUCACCUGCUGGAAGUUGGCAGCAUCGUUUACUGAUCUUUGGAACAUAGAAACAGACACUACAACCAAAUAUUUCACGCACAAUUUUGUGAAACUUUUUUCCAUCAUUCUUGAUUUUCCAAAUAUGGAAGAAAUUCUGUCCCACAGGCAGUUAAAGCCAUCGUCUGCUCAAAAUCCAAGACUGUUCUUCAUUGUUAACACAUUCAAGAAAAUAAUGGAACUUUUAAGAUUUGAUAUUAUCAAUCAACACUUGAUGUCACCAGCUUUGAAAUUCAUUCACCAUACAUUGGAACUUGUUCUAAACAACAGAGAACUUUACGCAUCAGAUCCAAGAAUCAAAACUCUUUCGGGCUGUUAUGCCCUCCUAAAGUUUGCAGAAUCAAUUCUGAACAGAGUGUAUGUGUGGGUGCCAAAGUCAUCAUCUGCCUACACAGGUUUACCUCUCGAGGUCAGAGGUCAACAGAGACAUGCCUAUGAACCAGCCAUUCUAAUGAAGGCACAUUUGUCGCCAAGAUCUGUGGCAAGGGAGAUAAUUUACACAGAUCCUAGAAGUCUAGGUCUAGAUCAACAAGAUCAGCUUCCCGGUAAAAGACUGUGUGGGACGUGGAAGCUGUUGUACCGUGGCCUGCUCCAGUACCAGUCUGACCUACAACAACAUGGUGGAGCUCAGAGGGACGCGGAGCAGCUGCGGAGUCUUCUCUUUGCUGUGGAGCAGAUCAUUCAUGAAAUUGAUGGCAGUGCCCCAUCCAAGAAAUUGGCAACCCCGAAAUUACCACAAGGGGAGAAGCUCAGUCUAGAUGGAAUGCACACUCGGGCUGUGGAUGCGUGGAAAAAAGAAAUUCAGAACAUGACAGAUAAGGCAGAGGAUGCUGAGAGAAUCAGCCGGGUGCUCCACUCAGUGUUGUACACGUACAUAUUGCGUGGUGAGCUGGGAAAAUCGGUCGACUUUGUGGACUCUCUUGUUGUCCAGGGCAAUGUCUCCAGUUCUAUUCUGGACCACCAACUACCCACAAGUGGACCAGGACAGGAGAAACCACCACUAAUGACCAUUGUGUUUAACUCCAUGCAGAGAGAGCCUUAUGGAGGAGAACAUCAUGUUCCCUGUAUUAGGGACAGGGGAGUAAGACAGCUGGUUCAGAGCAUGGCACGCUUCAUGGCUGCAUACUUCACCAAUGAGACAAUGUACAUCUUUCCUCCUCACAGUCCCCAACCCCUUCCAUCCAUCCACUUGGGGGCCAGAAUUAAAGAUAGCAGAAUUAUUCCCAAGUACCAUGACAAUAUAAACUCCCUGAUAACCAAGGAGGGUCUCAGUCGAGUGUGGACAACCGAGCGGACCCUGGAGUACCUUUUACUCAGUGGACUGGUAUGUGAGGCAGCCUGGUUUGCUGAAAGGAUGGGAGACUGGAAAGUGGCAUUUUUGUUGUCUGUGGCCUGUACUCAGCACAGGAGUAUAGCGCCCCACGUUUACAAAAAGAAGAAGAAGCCAUUAUCAAUUCCUCUAUUCCUGGAGCCUGCCUCACUCCUGCAGAGAAAACUGGAAUCGCUGGUCCACCUCCACAAAAAGGAUGGACAGAAAAGUGCAGCAGGAUUUAUUCCAAUAAGUGAUGAAACAAACAUUGUUCAGCUGUCCAGAACAGUGGAGGAUAUUCUGAUGGCGGGGAUUAUGAGUGGUGUGGAGGUGGUACCCUGGCUUGUGACAACCCUGGUGCACCGCUUGAUGGACACGGUGGCUCAGCUCUUCCCCUUAGUCCCUCAGGACUUCUACCUUCCCUCUCCACCACUCUACUGCCCCCAGCCUGCAGACACGGGACAGGAGAAGAAAUCAGCAGAGGUUCUGCGAGAGAGUGGUCUGAGGUUUCAAGCCUCGUCCCUGAUUCAGCUGAUCCUUGUGGUUCUGAAUAGUGGCCACACCUCCCUCCCUGUGAUACGCUGGUAUGUACAGGAACUCAGCGUAAUCCAGGAAAGGGCCGCACAGUUUAAGUCCACCACAGAAGGUCCAUGUUUGGAGUUUCCUGAAAUUUUGCAGCAGUUCAAAGAGACGGAGUCUUCGCUGCGAGCCCAUCAGGAAGAAGAUGCCGUGAAGCAGGUCCUGCUGGGAUUCCGAGACUUCUGCUCACUACUUUGGCUCCUCCAUGCUCGAGAUAAACUUUCAUUUAAUUUGCGGAGCCGUGAAAAAUACCUCAAUGAUGUAAAUUAUCAGGAUUACUUAAGGGAUAGCUGGGAAUCUAAAGAAGGUGAAAAAUGGAAUAAAGAAUGUUUCACCACACUUCAGUGGGCAGUGCAUAUGUUGACCUUCAGUCGGUUUCUCCCAGAUGAGGGAUGCAUUUACAAAGUCAUUUUGUCCCUGUUGUUGGAAUUUCCCCCUUCAGAAGACACAGCAGACAUUCUGGCAGAGCAUUUUAAUGACAUGGAGAUCUUGGAUGCUGAGGUACAGGAAAAACUAGAAAAAUUCCUCAACGACUGGCAGACAGUGUUCAUUCAACCAGAGGAUGAUGGGAAAUCUGCUAAGCCAGAACAGGAGGAAGAAGAUGAGAAUGAUGGGAGAAAAUCUGUCACAUUUUUUCAAGCCUCCCCCAGAGGGCAGUCCCUGUCUGUUUAUUUUUCCAAGCAAUGUGAGGCUGUCCUCAAAGUAUUGAAGAAGAAAAAGAAGGUGUAUGGAGCAUAUGAGGAGUUUGUUUUUGACAGCAGUGGGAGAAUGCCGGCUGGGAGUCUUACCUCAAGUCAGCCUCCAGAAAUGUUAGCAUUUUACAUUGGAUCCAGACCUUUUGAAACAAAACUGUCAUAUUUGGAGUUCUUGGACACAUUCUGUGCCAUUUCUUUCAUCAAAGUGGAGGAUUUAGAGAAAAGAAGCACAUCUAUACCUUUUCCACUUUUAAUGCCAUUUGCUGAAAACAUUUGUAUAAAGGAGUUUGAAGAAUUAAAUAAAAUCAGCAGACCCAGUGAUGUAAAGACAAAUUUAGUGGUGAUGUCUUCUCCAGGUAGAAGUCAAAAUGUUAGGUCUGCAGAACAUAUUGACAGUUCUUCUUCACAAGCUAAAGCAAAACUGACAAAUUUAGCAUCUAAAUUUCACCAGUCAGAGGAAGCUUUGUACAAAGACCAGGAAGUUGGUGGUGAAAAUCUGUGGUCAGUGGAGACUGAUUUUGGUCCAAGAUAUGCUCGCCUGCAGAUGUGUUUGGAUUGGUUAGCUGUGUGGUGCAAGAAACAACAUUCUCUUGGACUGCAUUGGAAAGGAGAACAGGACUUGGACUUUCGACCAACCAUGAAGAUUGUUGUAUCGCCACGUCUGGUAGUGUUGGCACUGUGGCUACUAGAGAAUAAAUACAGUACAGCCAAAAAAUCUGCAAGCAGGAGGAGUACCCUAAGGGAGAGCAGAGAAAUGGCUGAUCGACAGUCUCUGGAUAACCUGAUAGUGCAGGUGAACUCGGAAGUGACGGAGGCUCUAAAGAAACCUAGACGACCCAGACGAAGAGCAGACCGUCCACCGAGCAGGAGCUCAGACGUGGAACCGGACCAAGAGGCCAGUCAGAUGCACUCCGCCUAUGAAGAAUUAUUGAUUGGCAAAGAUGAGAGUACUUCUCUGGAGGUUAGUUCCCUUGACCAGGAGGAUUUUACUAAAGAGUUUCAGGCCACAAACACAUUCAUCAGAUCUGGAAACAGACCAAGUUCUAGGGAAAGAGAUGCUGAAUAUGAAGAUUCUGGAAGACAAAUUGAUACAGAUAGAUGGUCAUCUAGUAGAAGAAGCAGAGGACAUUCUACAAAUGGUAGUAGACACUCUACCAAUGGCAGUCAUGGAAGACGAUCAACAAUGGAUGAAAUGAGACAGUCAAGAGAUAGAGGGAGUCCUGGCAGAAGGUCAUCACAGGUCAGGGGUCAGUCUCCAAGCUACAGAAGUCAAAAUGGUCAUGUGACCCAACAGGAAGUUCCAGGCAACUUGGCACAUGAAAUUCAAAGUGUCAUCAGAGGAGAGUUAAGAAGAAUGAUGGAGGCACAGCACAAGAGUAUGAUGGCAAUGAUGGGAGCUUUGGAAGACCCAGUGGAAGAAUCCUUUGUCUCACAACGACAAGCUGUACAUCGCAGUCCUCCAGGGGUAAAUAACAUGAGGAACACUAUAGUUCUUGAGGAACUGGAAACAACAGAGGACAGGAGGAGAGCCAGAAGACGGUCACCAAGAAGACGAUUGGAUUCUCCAGAAGAACAAAGUCGACAUGUGAGGCAGGUAGAUGGAAGGCGAAGCAGGUCAGGAGAAAGGUUCCAGAAAACUCCAGAGGACCCAAAUUUUAUCCCUAGAUAUCUGAAAGUAGAGGCAGAGAGGGACACUGAUGAGGAGCCAUUCAGACUGCCUCCCAUUCCAAUGCCUGCAUGGGCUGAAGAACCACAGAGACCACCACUGGAGGACUACCAGGACAUUCCCCUGUUACGCCUGGAACAAGGUCGUGCUCCUUCCAUGGUUUACACAGAACCAGGUAGGAUACACGGCCAUCAUCAGCCACAUAUCUCACCUAGCCAAGCUUCCCAUCCUCCUCCUUCAUACCAAGAGAGUUUCUUCAUUCCACCAGUGACUCAGAAACCAGACAUUCAACCCCAGAUUGUGCCUCAGUCUAUUGAAAUGCCUCUUCUGAAACUGGUUCCAGAAGACAAACCUUUUCUUGGGCCUCAAAAUGUUUCCAAUUUUGGACGUCUGCUAGAUCCAGCAUUGCUUGUAGCUCAUGAACAAGAUCUAGAGCAGAAGGAAAUGAUGAAAUACAGGCAUGCCAGAGAUUUUUUUAAACAGCAGGUUGAAAGUCUUGAAGAAAUUCAACAGAAACAACUGGGAAGUGAGCUAUUACAGGCUAACCUACAAGCUCAGAAGGAAGACGCUGAAUUGAAAAGAUCUUUGAGGAGAAGAAAAGAAAAGCCAGUGAAAAAAGAAACAUCAGAGAAAUCCGCCUCAGAGUCACCAGAAUCUGCAAAGGAAACCACUGAAGAAGCCGAGGCAGAUGUCACGGAAAAAUCCGAGACAGGAGAGGAGGAGGAUGAGGAAGAGGGCAUCCAUGAUGGAUAUGCCAUCCAACCAGGUUCCUUUGAGAAUUACCUUCAUAUGAAUGAAAAUGACUUUGAGGCAGACACAAAUGCAAGGGUGCAGUAUAGGACAACCAUGUUGAUGAAGGAACAGCUGGCCAAAGAAAAGAAAGAAAAAAGGAAAAAGGUUGACUUUGCCACCAUGACAAAGAAUUAUGAAGAUGCUCAAAUAGAGACUGGGGCAUCAUUAGAAAUUGACAGUUAUAGAACAGCUGAAGCUGCCACUUCAAUUACCAAAGAUACAGGAGUGGAUCCCAUCCAGGAAGCGAUAAUGGAAUACAACAGAAGUCGGCAGGGUAGACCUCUACCCCCAGACAUUUAUCUGGGACUGAGGUUCGCUGAUGCCAAUGGACAACCGCCCACUCCCGAUGUUCAUCAAGGGCCUGUUAAGGAGAGACCCAGUGGAAGAUCUUACAUUAAUGUUGUGGACUUGGAUGCCUCAGCUGUUCUGCAAGACCUUGGCAAACUUCCAGAAAAAGAGGAGAAAGCAGGUGAUGACCUUGGUCUGGCUCCACAGUCAGUAACCAUGACAACAGCCAAUGGGCGUAACCUUGAGGAACUUGAGGAAUCUAUGAGAGUUACCCUACAGCCAGCUCAGCCAGUUGUAGAACGUCCAUUUAAGCAGGACUCUGUUACCGUCCGGAUGUUUGAAUCUCAUGCUCCACACCACAACAGGGUUUCUGUGGCGGUGAUGCCAAGAGACAGCGUGGAAGGAUCGAGAGGAGCGGUGAUUGAGCGACUAAGGGACAUGGGCAGACAGAUGUCGGCUAUAGACAAUAUGGCUUAUAAUAUUGAGAGAGACUUCCACAACACAAGACUGAUGUUGAACACCGUGGAUACUCUUGGAAGUGUGGAUGAAACCAGACCUCAACCCGGAAAAGUGAAGGAGCCGGUACCAACUCCAAAAUCUUCCCGCAAAUCUCCUGUUAGGACCCCCAAGUCAUCCAGAAGAUCUCCCACUCCCAGGACUGGCAGAACCACAGAGAGAACUUUACCCACAACUUCUAGCUUGGAGGAGGGGAAAGAAGGUGCUGGUGAGUUGGUGAAGAUGUCAGGGCUUAGUGGAAUCAGUGAUAUCAUUGGAGAAAUGGUGGAGAAUGGUGACAUUGAUCUAGAAGAAGCAGGCUUUACAGAAAAUGAGGCCAUGAGACUUGCUGAUAGAAUAAAGACUAGUGCCAGAACUGAUCACACAGAAGAAGAGAGGGAACGUAUCCGACACAGCCUAGAGAUCCUAGAAAAGAUGUCCAGAGCCCCAGACAGUAAAGAGGAAGAACAGAGGAGACACGAGGAAAAGGAACAACUGAGGUUAUGGAUGAUCGACAAAAGACACGAGAGAAUGGAGGAGUAUAAGAGGUACCGAAUGGAGCUCCGCGAACACGAGAAGAAGCCGUUUAAACCUGACACUAGUUCCAAGUUUAAGGGAACCUUUAAGGUGUCUGACAAAGGUGUAUCAGGCAGGGAAAACAUGCAGAAAAGGCUGAAAGAUGCACAACAAUUGCUUGGAGACAUCUUAACAGACAAACCUCAACUGCCACCGGAAUUACCAGUCAGAGAAAGGAGUCCAAGAAGGAAAAAGUCUAAAUCUCCUCCAAGGGAGAGAACUACACUUAAAACCUCCCCAGUUAGAGACCGUAGUCCCAAGGUCAGCAGUUUCCGACCAGUACACAGUCCAAAGGUCAGUGGUACACAGGCAGUGUACAGACAGACCAGUCCAAAGAGGCAGCAGACAGUCAGAAUCUCCAGUGAAGUGCAGGAGAGAGAGUAUGAUGACAUCAUCUUACAAGACCAUGAAGAGAUGAAGAAACAGUAUAGCAUGCAGCCAGUCAGACGAGCAGUUAGUCCCAAAACACCAGGCAGACUCGUGCCCAGACUGAAACUCAUAGACUCCGAUGAUUACAUGCAGAGGACUGCAGAAACAACAGGAGAAAUCUCAGAGUAUGCAAGAGCCGUAGAAAACAUGGAUGCCAGUCAGGAUUUCACUGUGAGAGAUAGAGAACCAGAAAAGAAGCAAGAACCAGUCAAAGUGUAUAAACCAAAAUCAUUUAAGGACCUUGUGAAACUGCAGAGACCAGAGUUGACUAGGAAAGCUCCAAGGAUCCAGGUGUCCAGUGAACAAACAUGGGAGGAAGAACCUAGAGAGGUUAAAAUGUCAGAGAGAGAAUCUGUAUCCAAGACAAAGGAACCUGUCAGAAAAAUGAUGGACAGGGAACCAACUGACAGGAGAACUAGUCAAGAUCAUCUCACUGUUCAAGAACCAAAGAGAAAAGUGUCUCCAAGGAGGGUGAAAACAUAUGCAGAGAGGCUGAAAGAUAUGAGAGAAAAUCAGCCUAAAUUUGGCACGCCCAUUGUUCCUCGAGUACAUGCUCCGCCAGGUAAGACAACAACAGUACCGAAGAAGUCCACCGGCCCCGCCCACAAACCAAAGACCUAUGUGGAACAACUACAGCAUCUGAACCCCGGAAACAAGACUGGUGUACGAACAAAAGGAUUUAGUAAGCCCCAAGGUCACACAUUCUUAAAGUCCCACAAACCUCAGCAUAAACCCAAGACUUAUGUACAGCAACUGAAAAACAUACAAGCUCCUUUCAAAGCACAACCCAAGCCCAAGCGGAUGUCAGCAACGAGAAGUCAGGCACGUAGCCGACCUUAUGCUGACCCCUACAAAGACAGAUGGGAUAAAGACUCUGUACUCAGCGAUUGGUCUGUGGAUGAAGAUGUCAAACGUUUGCUCUAUGACGAAGACGAAAGCUCAACGAUGUAUGGUCGAACGUCGUAUACAGGAGUGUCAAUGGACUACACGAUGUCAGAAGGUGUCUCAGAUUACUAUGAUGUUGUGAUGGAUGACGAAUAUUUAGGCUCUGUGGACAUUGAUGAGAUAGCACAAAUAGCCGACGCAGCAUCCAUCGGCAGUGGAAGUGUGAUGAGUGUUAUUGACUGGGACGCAGUGGAUGAUCUCAUAGCAGACGUCAAAUAAUACAAGGGUCAAAGAGCUGAUCUCAUAGCAGACGUCAAAUAACACAAGGGUCAAAGAGCUGAUCUCGUAUCAGACAUCAAAUAAUACAAGGGUCAAAGAGCUGAUUUCAUAGCAGACAUCAAAUAAUACAAGGGUCAGAGCUGCUCCUAACUGGGAUGUCUUAUUUUGUAGCAUUUAGAAAAGGGUCACUAAAAUCACUGCAGUUUUCCUUAACGAGGCAGUUUUAAUAGCAUGAAUCAAGAUGUGAAAUUUUUUGUCUAGACUUCAAUGUUCCUUUGACAUAUUGCUGCUAAUGAAUUUCAUAUAGAGCAAGGGUGGAGAGCCUGCUGACCUUAGUUCUUUUAUAUCAAGACUAUCAAAAUGUUAGUGAGCUAGAAUUUUUAUAAAUGAGCUAGCCUAGAAUUUCAAAUAUUUUUUCUCCUCUCCCAAAACUGUUGUAUUCAUAAUCAUGUACAGUGUGAUAUGAGUGAAUAUGAAUAGAAAUGAUCUCAUAUCAUUGCUAUGAGAAGUAGAUAACAAACCAGGUUGUAUCCAUUUAUUUCAUUUAGUUAAACAUGUAGAUACCUGGUACUAUGUUUAAUUACAGUGUAGUACAUGUACUUAUCAGCGAAGUAAUGGGUGUAAACAGAUAGUAGUGAUAAUGUAUAAAACUCACUUUCCGUGUUAACCACCAACAUAUACUAGUAUUUGUAAAUAGAUCUAUGAAAAAUCUGUAUUUCUGUUUAGUAGGAUUUUUAUCUAUUUGAACUUCCGUCCAUUUUUUUAAUGAUACAUCUGUGUGUGAUAUUCACAGAAAAAAUAUUUAUAUUUUGUGAUUGUUAUAUUUGUAUGAAAAAUGAAUACUGUAAUAAAGACAUAAUUCAUUGAAA